AUGUCGGAUCACUCAGCAACACGCACCGUGGCCUAUGGCCGAGUCCAUAAUCUGCAAAGCAUCGAUGUGACGACUUUGGCUCCACGUAAAGAUGGCUACUGGGUGAUCUACAUCCAUGGAGGCGCCUGGCGGGAUCCAUUGGUUACUGCAGCCUCCUUCAAGGCCACAGAAUCUAUUCUUCGGGAUGCGGACCUGCCUAUAUCCGGGUUUGCCUCGAUCUCCUACCGUCUCAGCGCACACCCCAAUCACCCGCAAGACCCAGGCAACACCGCCCCAAAUGACCUCCGAGAGGCGAAACAUCCCGAUCAUAUCCGCGACGUGGAGGCAGCGCUUGCUCUCCUUCAGAACACGUACGGGUUUGGGGCGCGAUAUAUCCUGGUUGGCCAUAGUUGCGGUGCCACGUUGGCCUUCCAAGCCGUGAUGGGCGCAGUCGCAGAUCAUCGUGAACAGGCCUUCACUGGGGGAGCAGAUACUUCCGAUACGAAUGUCAAGGUUGUAUCUGCCUCACCUGGACCUCUACCACCUCCGUUGGCAGCGCAGCCCAUUGCUAUCGUCGGAGUGGCUGGUAUCUACGAUCUGCGACUCCUACGGGACACACAUCGUGAUAUCUCGAUAUACCAAGAUUUCCUUGAAGCUGCAUUUGGAACGGAUGAGAUGCUCUGGGAUGCGGUGUCACCGGCUCAAAUGGUUGGUUCUCGCGGAAUAGAAGGCGGUUGGAAGUCCGGAAGGUUGGCUGUCCUGGCGUAUUCCAAAGACGACCCGUUGGUGGAUGAACCCCAGCUGGAGGUCAUGAAGGAGGCUUUGAGGCAUUGGGAGCAGAAAGAGGCACAGAUACCUGUGCAAGAGUUGUCAAACUGUGAUAGACGGGUCCGUGUCUUGUCUAUCAGUGGUGGCCACGACGAGGCAUGGGAGAAGGGUGACGAGCUAGCUCGCGCGGUGAAGUUUGCUUUCGAGCAACUACAGGAAAUGGGGCUGGCCCCGCAAUCCUGA